AUGGGCCAGAGAGCUGCGCUUCUGCUCAGUGAGCUGCUGCUGCUGCUGCUGCUGCUGACAGCGUCACGCACUCUCCUCGCAGUCAGCUUCCCCGAGGACACCGCACCCCUCGAUGUCGUUGACGCACACUUUUCACGGCGGUACCCUGUGUUCAGAGGCAGGCCCUCUGGCAACGAGUCACAGCACCGCCUUGACUUUCAGCUGAUGACCAAGAUACAGGACACUCUGUUCAUCGCUGGCAGAGAUCAGGUGUACCUGGUCAGCCUGAGAGAAUCCUACAGGAAUGAGAUCAUUCCUUACCGGAAGCUGACAUGGCGAUCGGGCCAAGCUGACAGAGACAUGUGUGCUAUCAAGGGAAAACACAGAGACGAGUGCCACAACUUUAUCAAAGUGCUGGUUCCCAGAAACGAUGACCUUGUGUUCAUCUGUGGUACCAACGGCUUCAACCCCAUGUGCAGAUACUACAGGCUGGAUAACCUCGAGUUUGAUGGGGAGGAGAUCAAUGGACUGGCACGAUGCCCAUUUGACUCCAAGCAAACCAACGUUGCCCUUUUCGCUGAGGGGAAGCUGUAUUCGGCAACUGUAGCCGACUUCCAGGCCAGUGAUUCUGUCAUCUAUCGCAGUAUGGGUGAUGGAUCAGCCCUAAGGACCAUCAAAUAUGACUCCAAAUGGCUGAAAGAACCUCAUUUCCUGCACGCAGCAGAGUACGGGAAUUAUGUGUACUUUUUUUACCGAGAGAUUGCAGUGGAGCACAGCAAUCUGGGCAAGGUUGUUUAUUCCCGUGUGGCGCGGAUCUGUAAGAAUGAUGUCGGUGGGUCACAGCGGGUGCUGGAGAGUCACUGGACAUCUUUUGUAAAGGCAAGGCUGAAUUGUUCAGUGCCAGGGGAGUCCUUCUUCUACUUCGAUGUGCUUCAGUCAAUCACUGAUAUCAUCAACAUCAACGGAGUACCCUCGGUGGUGGGUGUGUUCACCACGCAGAUGAACAGUAUCCCAGGGUCUGCUGUGUGCGCCUUCUCCAUGGCCGACAUAGAGAAAGUAUUCUGGGGUCGGUUCAAAGAGCAGAAGACUCCUGACUCUGUGUGGACUCCAUUUCCAGAGGAGAGACUGCCCAAACCUCGACCCGGGUGCUGUGCAGGUCAUGGUCCAGCUGCAUCCUUAAAGAGCUCCAUCGAGUUCCCGGACGAUACCCUGCAGUUCAUCAAGUCCCACCCCCUCAUGGACACAGCUGUGCCGUCUAUUGGUGAUGAGCCUUGGUUCACCAAGACUCGCGUCAGGUACAGACUGACAGCGCUGGCUGUGGACAAUGAAGCAGGACCUCACAAGAACUACACCGUGGUGUUCAUCGGGGCUGAGUCAGGGGUUCUUCUCAAGGUUUUGGCCAAGACCUCCUCUGUGUCUCUGAACGACAGCCUGCUUCUGGAGGAGAUAGAGGUCUUCAACAGGGCCAAGUGCCUGUCUAACCACGAGGAUGACAAGCGUGUCCUCUCGCUGCACGUGGACAAAGAGGCACACAGCUUGUAUGUUGCCUUUUCAAGCUGUGUCAUCCGCAUUCCCCUGAGUCGCUGUGAACGGCAUUCUUCCUGCCACAAGUCUUGCAUUGCAUCAAGGGAUCCUUACUGCGGCUGGAAGCCUCAUGGGGCAUGUGAGAGGAUAGAGCCUGGUGUUUUGACUGGAUAUGAGCAGGACGUUGAGUUUGGAAACACUGCCCACCUGGGAGACUGUCAGGCGUUUUUGGGCACUACAUCAGCGCCAGAUUACAAAUCAUUUGGCGACCCUACCUCUGACAUGGAGUUUUCAUCAGCGCCAGUCACUGUCCACCCCAGUGGGCCCAUAAAGCCCCCAGUACUCAUACCCACUCAGAGCCCCAGCUCUGAGCCUGGUCCAGAGCUCUACGGCUCAGGCUUUGUGCUGCAGGAUGACCCAGCCACCUCCCAUUCUUUAGAUUCUAUCCCAGGGGGGCAAGAGGGUGUGUGGGAUAUCCAAGCAGGUGAGACCAACCAGAUGGUCCACAUGAACAUCCUCAUCACCUGCGUGUUUGCUGCUUUUCUCAUGGGUGCUCUCCUGGCUGGUCUGAUAGUUUUCUGCUACCGAGACUCAUUCCUCCGUAAGCCUAGGCAUGUCCACAAGGAUGCAGAGUCUGCACCUUCUGGCUCAGACUCCACUGGAAGCUUUGUCAAGCUCAACGGCCUCUUUGACAGCCCUGUCAAGGAGUACCAGACCAACAUUGAUUCUCCCAAGCUCUACACCAAUCUGCUGAGCAACAGCAAAGACCUGAAUUCCCCCAACGGAGACACCAAAACUAUGAUCCUGCGGGAUGGCUGUCAGCCCCCUGAGCUGGCUGCCCUGCCUACACCUGAGUCCACUCCAGUGCUUCAGCAGAAAAGCCUGCAGCCCAUCAAAAACCAGUGGGAGAGGGCUCAUGGAAAGGCCAGCGGGCCUCGUAAGGAGUCCAACUCAUCAGCCAAGAAUCCUCAGUUCCUUCCUCCUUCUUCUUCUUCUUCUUCUUCUGCUCCUCCUACCUCCAACUCCAACCACCCUCCCCUCGCUUUGGGUCACUCCCACAUCCCUAGUGCGGUUGUCCUGCCCAAUGCCACACAUGACCGAUCUAACCUUGACAAUGGAGAUGAUACAUUGCCACAUUCAUCUGAGAGGAAGCUGAAGAACCCAGAUUCUAAGGGAAGUAGGAAAGACCAGAAAAGGUCUGUGGAUGCCAGAAAUACCCUAAAUGACCUUUUAAAACAUCUAAAUGACUCAGUGGCCAACCCAAAGGCAAUUCUUCAAGAGGGAUCAGGGCCUCGCCCAAGGCAACAGCUCACACUGGAGCCCAUGGAGGAACUAACAGAAUUACCCCCCAAGGUGCCCAGCCGUGAGGCUUCCCUGUACUCUCCCUCCUCAUCCCUGCCGAGGCACAGCCCCACCAAGAGGGUUGAUGUGCCCAUGCCUACAACUCCCACAACACCAACGGGCAGUCUGAGCAUGGGGGGCACCCUGGAGAGACAAAGAGGGGGGUAUCAACUCCACCGGAGUGCCUCUCACAGGCAAUCCCUAUCCACCUCACCAAAUGGGGUAACCAUGGGGGUGUCUGUGUCUCGACACCAUAGUAUGAACAGAGGGGGUUACAUGCCCCCAAAGCCCCCCUCCAGACUCGACUCCCAAGGCGGAGUGAUGGGGGCAGGAAUGCACACAGCCCACCCAUCCUCUAUACCCCGACAGACAUAUAGUGGGUAUGGCUCACUCCCUCGCACAGGGCUUAAACGGACCCCAUCACUAAAACCAGAUGUGCCCCCUAAACCCAAUGGGUUUUCACCACAGACUCCACAGAUGCGAGUGGUCAAUAAGUACAGUUAUUAAAAGAGAGUGGACGCUUCUGAGUGAGCUCUUGGCCUUAACUGUAGAGCUUUGAGCCCUGAGGGCUUGGGUGGGGGGCUACGGAGUGUGUGUUUGUAUAUCGACUUGAGGUGUGUUCACCCUUUAAAUGAUAUUCACAUUCAUUCACACUAAAAAGGGAAAUCCCGCAUGUGGCCAAAGAAACUCCUAGGGGCUUUUUUGUCCCUAUAUCUCCAUUUCCCUCGUCACGGUAGCCACAUGACAUGAACAGUGGACAGUGGUGAAUCUGCUGCUCCCCAUUGUAUAUGGGCUUGGGUUUUGCCCGUUCCCAUAUUAGGUACGAGGUUUAAGACACAAGCUUGGACCGCUACAGGGUCUCCACGUGUGGUGCCAUGUUAAAAAACAGUGGAAUACUUGAAGAAUUGGUCUCAUUUGUCACUGCCCUUGAGCACUGUCUUCCCACUAAUGUGAACUGAACAAAGAGGAGAGGUAGGCCAUGCCUUUGAUUGUAAGAUGGCUUGGGGCGGUGGAGAGGAAACUCAAAAAUCAUACGUGUGCGUGUCGCUUAAGAUACAUAUGACCGCUAACAGCUGAAAUCAAGCAGCAGGCAAACAAAGAAAUGAAUGUGUGUGUGUUGGUUGAUUGGAAAGCAGAUUUGAGUCAAGGUAGUACACAUAUUACACCUUCACUCUUGUUUAUCUAGAGUGGUGCCACAUGCCAGAGGUUGCAUCUUAAGACCUGUCUAAGACCUAAGUCAUCAACUCUAAUUUCAGUAAUAAUAUUUUCUCUUCUUUGGCCUUGUCUGAACCCAUCUGAACCAAGCUUAAACCAAUUUUUGUGCCACGCUGUAGUGUUUUUGGUAAUCAGGUUAGGCUGAGGUGAAGUUGGUCAUGCCUGGUGUAUACUAGGACAGGGACUUUGUAACUCACUGGGAAAUUUUAAUUUUCUGUUUUUACAUUUGCUGCUAUUGGUUUUAGACUUAGGCGUUUGUCUUUGAUGCGUUUACUCUAUCAGACUGGGAUAGCCCUACAUAUGGGUGUGCACAUCUGCUUGUGUGUGUGUGUGCGUGCUUGCGUUAUAUUGCAGACAGGCAGCCAAGAAGUACAGUUUUCACCAAUCAAACGCACUAAAACUAAUACAUGGAGACAGUAAAAUGCUUCUCCCUAGGAUUGAAACCUCCCCUAUCCUCCACUGCCCCUUUUGUAGAAAUUAUACUGGUGGUUCAGGAGACUUCUUUUCUUUAUGUAGCAGUGGUAUUAUGAAAAAAAACAUGCAUUUUUUCAUCUCAUUCUAUAAAAGAAUUUUGAACAAAAUGAUUUGCCUUUAUAAUGUUUUACUGUGUUACUUUAAAAAAAGUACCAUAUAACACUAAAUUUACAACAAUGGUAUAGCCCAUGUAUAAGAGUCCAACAUUUCAGGGCACUUUUAUUCCAAUAAAUGUGUGUGUCCCUUAAUAGAAGAACACUAUAAUUUUCCCUUUACAUUAAUCCUA